CAGGUCUUCCUAAUCGACCGGGUACUCCUGAGGUUCCUCAGAAGUACAAUAACACAGCCUUGGUCCUGUGGAGGCCCUCAGAUACCAUGGCACCAUGCACAUACUCUCUGGAGAGGAGAGCAGAGGGUGAGACCAACUGGUUGAUCGUGGCCACGGGGGUUGCUGACUGUUAUUACAAUGUGGUAGACUUGCCAGCAGGAGGUGCCUUUAGGUUCCGGGUGGCAUGUGUUAAUAAAGCUGGGCAAGGUCCCUACAGCAACUUGUCAGAAGUUGUACAGAUAGAUAUGUCAGAACCAGCUAAAUCAAGUGCUACUGUUGUGGUCAAAACUGUUCCAACGAGUUCUGCUCCUGCCCCCGUGGUGGUGAAGUCGUCCAUGACAGUCCCCCCCGAUGAAACCUGCUCCAGCCAAAUCCACCUCGGUGACGACAUCCCAGCCUGUUCCGGCCCCGGCUGUGGCCCCUGCUGUGACCCCUGCUGUGACCCCUCCUGUGGCCCCUGUUGUCGCCCCUGCUGUGGCCCCUGUGGUCGCCCCUGCUCCGUCUGUAGCCAAACCUGUGUCUCCAACAGCUGCCAAACCCCCCGUACAGGUCAGCACCCCUCCACCGACCACCACAGCUCCCUCUGA